GAUUCUCAAGCUCUGUAUACGAACCUCCAAACUGUUUACGUCUCUACGUUGGGACACGACUUUGUCAACUGUGGUUCUUACGACGAACCAUGCCGAUCGGUGAAGUCAGCCGUUCUUAGGGUGACAUGGGGCGGAAGGAUACUUUUAAAUGGGACUGGAACCGAAAAGCAUCCGUACGAUUGUGGGAACAGUAACACCACUCUCUACAUAAACAAAAGGGUAACAAUAGAAGGCGUGUAUUUCAAGCCUCGUGUAUCCUGUCAUCACGGCAUUAAUUUCCAGGUUCACCCUAGCAAAGGGCAGUCAUCGGGAAUAUUGCUAUCAGGAAUAAUCUUUAGUCGAACAGCUUUGACGUUCAACGACAGCUUGAACGCGAAGAUCAUCGACUGUUUGUUUGAAAACGCCUUGACUGCGCUGACGAUUCAAAUUCAGGACAGUGCGGCUUUUGAGUUAGAUAUUCGAUACUCGAAAUUCCUUCACAACGAGGUAUUGUGUAUUAAGCUCUCGUUGUUAACUCCAGGUACAAACGGAACUUCCCAAGUCUUCUUGAGAAUUUUCGACACGCAUUUUAUGGGAAAUGGGUUACGAAACAGAAGGCUGACUGAGAGUGGAAUAAUCAAAAUAACAUCCAAGGCGGAAGUAAAUAUCACGUCCGCCCGGAUCAUUACCUCCAUCCAGAAUGUAACAUGUUCAGAGAACUAUGGUUAUUUCAUGAAUCUAAAUGCUUCAUCAGCCGUGACGGAAGAAACUUUUACAGACAUUCGCUUGCACCAUAACAUCCAAUCACUUUCGCAGAAAGUGGCAAGGAAAUUUGAUGUGGAUAGUCUUUAUUAUUCAGUUACUAGAGAAACUCUUGUAAGGUUCAUUAACUUACAGUGCAUCCAAAACUUUGACUUACGAUGUAUAGCGAUUCAUUCCCAGAAAGCUGACGUGGAAAUUCGGAAUUCAAAACUCGUUGGGCAGUCUGCCAACGAGUCUUAUCUGAACAAAGGAGCUGGUUUGUUUUUGGUGGCCAACAUUACAGCACUAUUAAACGUUUCAAAUACCAAUUUCACUUCAAAUAAAGCAGUCAUGGGUGGUUGUGUGUUUGCCAAUGCUCCAGAUGGAACUUUAACUGCGAAAUUCACCAACGUCAAAUUCGAACAUUGUAAUGGCAUUAAGACUGGUUGUGCGCUUGCAGUUGGAGAGCCCCCUUUACAACACCAAUAUUACGGAUCAUGUCCGUCCAAGAUGCAUUUGACAAUCACUAAUGCAAAUAUUGUUGCUUGUCAAGGAAAGUUCCACAAAUGUAUAAUUGUCUUCUUAUGUUUAAAAAGUGGUGUGAUUACGAUAGAGGGGUCCCAAUGGAUGAACAACUUGAAAAAGACAAGCAGCUCUUUGCAUAUAAGAGCAAACAAUGGAAAUGGUGAGAUGGCCUUAUCUGUUUCGAGGUCUUCCUUUAAGAACAAUGAAGGAAGCUCAAUUUCGAUGGCAGCGCCGAAUUCAAAUGGAGGAAACGUAACCAUUGUGGACACUUUGAUUGCUAACAAUGUGAAGCGACAAAAAACAGGCUUGUCAAUUAGUCCUAAAUACCUACUUAAACUUGUGAACGUGUCAAUAGUGCAAGCUCAUUAUGGACUGAAAAUGAUCUCACGAGCUGAUCCUUGGCGAGAAGUCUACCCAGUCGAUAUCGCUGUCUAUAAUUGCACUUUUAAAGAUAAUAUCUAUGAUAUGCUAUUCAGUCUGCUUGACCCCCGAUCAGUUCGUCUCAUGAUUCGGAACACAGUCUUUACCAGCAAAGAGACGUGGAAAAGAAGCUAUGCCAUACGCUUUCACAUUCCACCCUUGACAAAGCUGAAUACUUCUCAGGCGGUUAUAGGCCUGGACAACAAUACUUUUGAGUUUAGGCCAUCCACUAACUUUGCACUUUUCUUCCGUGGUAAUAAAACGCUGUGGAUAAGACAGUCCACCUUUAGAAACUGUGUCUGCCUCUAUCGCGAAAAGUGGACAGUGCUAAGGAGCGGUUUAUCUGACUCCUAUUUCUAUGAGACAGCUACUGGCGCAUUAUCAAUUAUCACAACCCCUGAUACACCAUCAAAAUCCGGUUGUGUUCAUCGGAAUACCAGAGACGAUACUCACCCAUUGUGGACGUAUGACAGUGACGUGGUAAUUGAGAAUACCAUAUUUCAAGAUAAUACGGGUAUCAUAGCUGGUGCAGUAUCAAUCAAUAACGGAAACAUCACGUUUCAAAAUUGUGUCUUCCGAGACAAUUUUGGUAUUGAACAAGCAGGUCAUGUUUAUUCUGCAUAUGGAACGGGUCAAGUCCUUUUUAAAGACUGCUUCUUCGUCAGAACAAAAGAAGGUUUGAAACUGAGAAAUGGCACGUUCUCUAAAGCAACACUCUUGUAUUCUGAAAGUGGAGGGCCAAUGAGAUUUCAGAACACAUCCAUGACUUCAUUUGUUUCUGCGUGGAGUCCAUAUCCAGUGCUUCAUAUUUCUAGCGGAGGAUACUUUUCUAUGGACCACAAUACAACCAUUCAGUGCAACAAAGGAGGUCAGCUCUGGCUUGAAAAUACCACUCAUUUUUCUUCAGCUGAAAACAUGAAGAAUUUUUGCAAACUUAAUGUUACCAGCCUAAAAUUUACGUGUUGGACCUGUGCCGCUGGUUAUUACAGCCUCCGAGGAGGGCGUUCACGUGGUUUAGAUGUAGUAGACAAGAUUACGUGUUACAAAUGUCCAUUUGGGGCCACUUGCCAAACUGGAAUCAUAACUGCAGAAGAAAAUUUCUGGGGAUAUCAAAGCACCAAAAGACCGCCAGAGCUCGCGUUUAUUCCUUGCCCCGACAGUUAUUGUCGAAGUCCAGCUACCGGUUCUUCGGAAUAUAACGAAUGCGUUGGAAACAGAACAAGCAUUUUAUGCGGCACCUGUGCUCCAGGAUAUAGUGAGACUCUUCUUUCUACCGAUUGUCUGGCCAAUGAAAAGUGCAGUAACAGCGUGUAUUGGUUGAUUAUAAUACUGGCCACAACUAGCCUGGCUACAUAUCUUUUAAUCAAACCACCAAUUUUCAAAUUUCUCAAAAAGCAAAUAUUAUGGUUUUGGGAUCAGGAACAUGGGAUAGUAAAGGAAGAUUUAGGUGACGUCUGUGAGCACCUGGACAGCGGUCAUCUUAAAAUUGUCUUUUAUUUCUAUCAAGCUGCCGAGGUACUGACUGUUAGUUCUACCGACGACUUGCUCCAUAAAAUAUGUUUUAUGUCUGUGAUCAUAGCAGGUUUCAAUUUUCAAUUUCGCAUAUUUAAGGAAAAAGCGGGAUGUCCUUUCGUUGGCCUUACAGCAGUGACCAAGGAGUUGAUGCUGUCUGGAACAGUUUUUGCCACCAUGGCAGAAGUUUUUAUCAUCUACUGGUUGCAUUUUGGUUUCAACAUUUUACGACGUAAGGCAGUCCCUUCUCCUCAACGAUACAUAGCGACAAUUAUAGAGAUAAUGCUGCUUGGAUACGAACGGUUAGCAGAAACAUCUUUGAAGCUUCUGCGAUGCGUUCCUAUAGGUUCCGAAAAUCGUCUUUACCUCGACGGAAGUAUUACAUGUUGGCAAUGGUGGCAAUAUGCACUACUGGCAUACGUUAUAGUAUUCGUGGUCCCUUUCUUCUUUGUUCUUUACUUUGGUUCUUUUAAACUUUAUCGGGGACUGGUUUCGACCGGCGAGUUCCUGGGAGCAUGCAUUAUGCCACUGCCUUUCCUGAUAUACUGGCUCAUAAGACACAAAAUGAGGCCGAACACCGAUCCAUCACUAGUAAGAGGGAAGCCUGAGAACGAACCUGUGUUGGAAGUACUACAAGGACCAUUCCGCCCGCCAAACGAUGACGAUAGUGGAACUUUAUACUGGGAGAGUGUUUUGAUUGGCCGCCGUUUAAUCCUCCUUGCUUGCCGUGCGUUUAUUGAAGAUGCAAUGUUGUGCUCAGUCCUUAUGGCUGCUCUUUGUAAUGUCAACCUCUUCCACCAUCUGCGCAAGAACCCUUACCACAGCACCAUCACUAACAGCACCGAAACAGUGUCCCUUUUUGCAUUGGUUAUUAUUUCGCUAAUAAACAUUCCAAAGGCGACUCUUAUCUCGUUUAGCACAAGCCGUCACGGGCCGAGCAUACGGUAUUUACAAGCCAUGGAAUGGAUUGAGAUCUGUGCUCUGCUUUUUUUCCCAUUGUGGUUUUGCCUGUGUGUAGCUCUCGCCAUCAUUUCUCAGCUCUUUCGUUUUAUUGCACCUAUAGCCAUACAAAUAUAUCGUUACCUAAGGCGAUGUCAUACAACGACCUGGAGUACAAUAGAUAUGAGA